UCAAAUAAGAAGAAAAAACGACGCGUUCUCUUUUCUAAGUCACAAACGUACGAGCUGGAGCGGAGGUUUCGCCAGCAGCGAUACCUGAGCGCCCCUGAGAGGGAGCACCUGGCCACCCUACUCCGUCUCACCCCCACCCAAGUCAAAAUUUGGUUUCAAAAUCACCGCUACAAAAUGAAAAAAGCCCGCCAGGAAAGAUCGGCCAUCGUCACGGCCAAUCAUCGUUUCGAAUCAGUGCAGGUUCCAGUUUUGGUGAAGGACGGCAAGCCGUGUGUGGCC